GGGGAAUCGCGUAAUGGCGGACGCGGGCCGGUUGAGCACGGCUGGGGGCGUAGCGCACUGAGGGGCGUCCCGCAGUGUGGCAGCCGGCUAGGCGGCCCGCGGUAACAGACCCCAGGCGGGAAAGAGCGACCAGCCGCCUGUCUGUCGCUGAGGGCGACUGCGCAAGACCAGGUUGUUUUUCAUCAUUCAGAACAUUGCCUGAAGCAGGUCCACCAUGCCGUUAGUAACGAGGAACAUCGAGCCAAGGCACCUGUGCCGUCAGACGUUGCCUAGUGUUAGAAGCGAGCUGGAAUGCGUGACCAACAUCACCCUGGCAAAUAUCAUCCGACAGCUGGGCAACCUGAGUAAAUAUGCAGAGGACAUUUUUGGAGAGCUCUUUACUCAGGCAAAUACCUUUGCCUUUCGGGUAAGCUCCCUUGCUGAGAGGGUUGACCGCCUACAAGUUAAAGUCACUCAGCUGGAUCCCAAGGAAGAAGAAGUGUCACUACAAGGAAUCAACUCCCGAAAGGCCUUCAGAAGCUCUACCAUUCAAGAUCAGAAGCUUUUUGACAGAAACUCUCUCCCUGUACCUGUCUUGGAAACAUACAACACCUGUGAUACUCCUCCACCUCUCAACAAUCUUACCCCUUACAGGGAUGAUGGGAAAGAGGCACUCAAAUUCUACACAGACCCUUCGUACUUCUUUGAUCUUUGGAAGGAGAAGAUGCUGCAGGACACCAAGGAUAUCAUGAAAGAGAAGAGAAAGCAUAGGAAAGAAAAGAAAGAUAAUCCAAAUCGAGGGAAUAUAAACCCACGUAAAAUCAAGACACGUAAGGAAGAGUGGGAAAAAAUGAAGAUGGGACAAGAAUUUGUGGAAUCCAAAGAAAAGCUAGGGCCUUCUGGGUAUCCACCCUCAGUGUACCAAAAUGGCAGCAUUGGCUCUCUUGAAAAUAUGGAUGCAAGCAACUGCCCACCACCACCACAGUCGGACUCCACUUCUCUGCCUUCUUCCUUCUCUGAGGAGAGCUUACCACCGCCACCAGCAGAAUUCAGCUACCCAGCAGACAACCAAAGAGCAUCUGGCUUAGCUGGACCCAAAAGAUCCAGUGUGGUCAGCCCAAGCCAUCCACCACCAGCUCCUCCUCUGGGUUUUCUACCGGGCCUCAAAUCCACCUGUGCUCCACCCUCUGCCCCUCCGCCUCCACCUCCAAUGAUAAACGUCCCUCCGCCACCACCACCUGGAGGAUUUGGAUCCCCAGUGACCCCACCACCACCUUCACCGCCUUCUUUCCCACCUCACCCUGAUUUUGCUGCCCCUCCGCCUCCUCCCCCACCACCGGCAGCUGACUACCCAACUCUGCCACCACUUCCCUUAUCCCAACCAACAGGAGGAGCACCUCCCCCUCCCCCUCCUCCCCCUCCUCCUGGGCCACCUCCUCUCCUAUACAGUGGUGCAGAUGGCCAACCUGCUGCACCACCACCACCACUUUCUGAUACACCAAAGUCCAAGUCGUCCUUGCCUCCCGUGAGCGAUGCCCGCAGCGACUUACUUUCAGCCAUCCGUCAAGGCUUUCAGCUGCGCAGGGUUGAGGAGCAGCAGGAACAGGAGAAGCGGGAUGUCGUGGGCAACGAUGUGGCCACCAUCUUGUCACGUCGCAUUGCUGUUGAGUACAGCGACUCAGAAGAUGACUCCUCUGAGUUUGAUGAGGACGACUGGUCGGAUUAAUUCUUUCUGCCUGCUGCCCACCUCUUUUCUUUCUGUCUGCCUUUUUUUUUAUGCCUACCCCAACAGUCCCAUGGGGGAAAAGGGGGAGGAAAAAUAAUAAUUUCAAGGGGCCAAAGCCUUCCCUGAAGCUACCAAAGAUACAUCCAAGUGCUUCCUCCAAAUCAGCAUGUAUUUCCCACCUCCCACAGCCAGGCCCCAUGGGGCCCCUGAGGGUCAGUAGCGGAGAUACUUCCUCUUCCCUUCAAGUGACUGUUGCAUAUUGAAGACAGGGGAAAACCCCAAAGCUGAUCCAUUUGAGUGGGUUUAAAUUGGAGUUAGUGCCUUUCCCUAGGAGCCAUUUUCCACUGUGGUCUUCUCCCAAAAUCUUUGCCCUCAGCUACUUU